GUAUAUACACAAAACCGAACUCAAAACCAGAAAUUUAAAAAUUCACUCUCUUUCGUCCUCUUCUUCUCCAACAAAAUCAAAAACCCUAACACCUCCUCUCUCCCUCCUCAACACACCAAACAUGGCACUCGAAAUCGAAGCUCGCGAUGUAAUAAAAAUUGUGCUGCAGUUCUGCAAAGAACACUCUCUGCACCAAACAUUCCAAACCCUACAAAACGAAUGUCAAGUCUCCUUAAACACAGUAGACAGCAUUGAAACAUUCGUGGCAGACAUAAACGGAGGAAGAUGGGACACGAUCUUGCCUCAAGUGGCGCAACUUAAGUUGCCGAGGAAUAAGUUAGAAGAUUUGUACGAACAGAUUGUGUUAGAAAUGAUUGAGUUACGAGAAUUGGAUACUGCUCGUGCUAUUUUAAGACAGACUCAAGCUAUGGGUGUCAUGAAGCAGGAACAGCCGGAGAGAUAUUUGAGGCUCGAGCAUUUGCUUGUUAGAACUUAUUUUGAUCCUAAUGAGGCUUAUCAAGAAUCAACCAAGGAGAAACGACGUGCACAGAUUGCUCAAGCCCUUGCUGCAGAAGUUAGUGUGGUUCCACCUUCAAGAUUAAUGGCUCUAAUUGGUCAGGCUCUCAAGUGGCAGCAACACCAAGGGUUGCUUCCUCCGGGAACUCAGUUUGAUCUAUUCCGAGGAACAGCAGCCAUGAAACAAGAUAUUGAUGAUAUGUACCCAACAACUCUUACACAUACCAUAAAGUUUGGAACAAAAAGUCAUGCUGAAUGUGCUAAAUUCUCUCCAGACGGGCAAUUCCUUGUUUCAUGUUCUAUUGAUGGGUUCAUUGAGGUGUGGGAUUAUGUAAGUGGAAAGCUCAAAAAGGAUCUUCAGUACCAGGCUGAUGAAACUUUUAUGAUGCACGAUGAUCCUGUCCUCUGUGUUGAUUUUAGCCGAGAUUCUGAGAUGCUUGCAUCUGGAGCGAAAGAUGGGAAGAUCAAAGUCUGGCGUAUAAGGACUGGUCAAUGCUUGCGUCGUCUUGAACGUGCACAUUCUCAGGGAGUCACAAGUCUUGCUUUCUCUCGUGAUGGAAGCCAGCUGCUAAGUGCAUCCUUUGACAGCACAGCGAGAAUUCAUGGCCUAAAAUCUGGGAAGUUGUUAAAAGAAUUCCGUGGGCACGCAUCCUAUGUGAAUGAUGCCAUCUUCACUAGUGAUGGGACUCGUGUUAUUACUGCCUCCAGUGAUUGCACGGUCAAGGUUUGGGAUAUGAAGAGUACAGACUGUAUACAUACGUUCAGGCCACCACCGCCAUUGAGGGGAGGUGAUGCUUCUGUGAACUCUGUUCAUCUUUUCCCAAAAAACACUGAUCAUAUUGUUGUAUGUAACAAGACAUCAUCGAUAUGCAUUAUGACACUUCAAGGACAGGUUGUGAAGAGCUUUUCUUCCGGUAAAAGAGAAGGUGGAGAUUUUGCUGCAGCCUGUUUAUCACCAAAAGGGGAAUGGAUCUACUGUGUUGGUGAAGACAGGAAUAUUUACUGCUUCAGCUACCAAUCUGGCAAACUAGAGCAUCUAAUGAAGGUUCACGAGAAGGAUGUAAUAGGCGUGACCCAUCAUCCUCAUAGGAAUCUUCUUGCCACCUACAGCGAAGAUUCCACAAUGAAAUUAUGGAAGCCAUGAAUUUUCUGCACUGACCGUAUUUACUUCCCUCAUGCAAGACUCCUUUUAGCUCUGUUAUCAUUUGUUAAUGGCAUCUUUUCAAGAUCGACUUCCAAUUGUCAAAGAGCCGCCUGUAACUGGCCUGUCAGAGUGCAAGAGUUAGGAACUGAUAGCAACUGACUGGUAUAGACCGGAAGACUUGUUUAUUUUCCUGCAUCAUUUGGAAGAGAGAUUCUUUGUUGUAGUCGAAGAUUUUGAUUACAUUUCUUGUAUAGCAAAACUAGUUCAGAUGGCUGUUAUAUUCUCUCUGUCAACCUGCAUCGCCCUCGCAUUCACGGCAUGCGCGCGCGAUGAAUUAUCUUGCCCCACGUACACUUGGAGCUGCCAUUUAUGAACGUAUUCUUCUGAGUUC